AUGGGACCAGGUAUCAACGAGCCCCUCAGGCUACCAUGCGGUUUGCUGCUACCCAAUCGCCUGGUCAAGGCUGCUAUGGCUGAAGGCCUGGCAGAUACCGGUUAUUUACCAGGCCCUAAGAUAUUGCAGGCCUACGGUGAAUGGGCCAAGGGCGGAUGGGGAGCUCUUCUCACAGGAAAUGUACAGGUUGAUGUCCGUAACCUAGGUAGUUAUGGCGACCUAGCUACUCGCGAGUAUGGAGAAGAUGAGCAUCGGGUAUUGCAGACGUGGAGGCAAUAUGCAGAUGCCUGUCAGCAUCACGGCACGCCCGCAAUGGCUCAGAUAUGCCACCCCGGCCGUCAGUCCCCGAGAGGUGCAGGUGAAAGGGGCAUAUUUGGGAAGACGAUUGCGCCAAGUGAAAUUUCGCUUCAUAUCGGGAAUGGACUGGCUGCAACACUUAUCAGGAAACUCGUUUUUGGGGUGCCAACUGCUAUGUCCUAUGCCGAUAUUGAUCAUGUCAUCGCGCAGUUUGUCAAUUGUGCCCGCACGCUGGCCGACUGUGGCUUCUCCGGCAUCGAGAUUCACGCAGCUCACGGUUAUCUUCUAUCGCAGUUUCUCUCCCCACGAAGCAACGUUCGCGAGGAUGACUAUGGGGGGAGCGCUGAACGGCGAGCGCGUAUUGUUGUUGAGAUCAUACGUCAGAUUCGAGGCGCAGUCCCCGAUAGUUUUUGCGUUGGCAUCAAGCUGAACUCGGCCGAUCACAACGCAUCUGAUUUUGAAGACACCAUGACUCAAAUUCGUCUGUUUGCGGAUGCAGGUGUAGACUUCCUUGAACUGUCUGGCGGGACCUAUGAAGACCCAACGAUGAUGGGUCGUGGGCUCAAAGAGGAAUCGGGAGACGCUAAAAGCCAAGGCACGGAGUCUCGUGAGGCUUUCUUCAUAGAUUUCGCACGCGAAACGAGAAAGAGGCUUCCUCAGCUUGUUCUUCUACUCACCGGGGGGUUUCGGACUCGCAAGGGAAUCGAGGCGGCGUUGAAAAGUGGCGUAUGUGAUCUCGUUGGCAUUGGCCGUCCAGCGGUUCUGCGUCCUGACUUUCCACGGCUGGUAAUGGACGACGUAUACAGCGAUCAGGAGGCGAAGGUGGUAUUUAGGAAAGUGCCAGUCCCGUUUCUGGCACGGCUGCUGCAAAUCCGCAUACUGGGUGGCGGCGCGGAGACGCAAUACUUCCAGAGCCAGAUUCACCGGAUAGCAGCUGGUCUGGCAACAUAUGCACCAUAG